AUGGCACCAACAGGUCGACAACAUCUGUUGAACUAUCUAAAGAUAACGAAUAAUAAAUUGUACGAGGAUGUCUCCGAAGGGAAGCUCGUUGACAGGGCACUGCGACGGAAACAAGGUAACAACUAUUCAUUGAAAGAUAUGGUAGAUAAAACAAGAGCUCCUAUUGAAAGCUAUAUAAAAAAACUGGGAACUGAUGUUGUCAUAAAUAAUUCGAAAAGGCACUAUUUAAUUGUAAAGAUAAAAUAUAAUAAGGAAAAAGCUGGAGGAAAACGUUUAUUAAGACUAUCUUUGAAUCAAACUGGAAAAGUUGUCAAACCUAAGGUUCCGUUAAAAUCCAAACGAUCCGAAUCUAAUGGAUCAAAAACUAUAGAAGAUGAUCUCGAUUUAAGGGAGUUACCAUAUAGGGGUGUCUUAGGAUUUCCUGAAUGUAUUAUUAAUGAAACUGAACCAACAAAACAAGAUCGAGAGAUUUUUAACCGAUUUUUGAAUGAAGGAAGCGUAAGAGUUAACAAAGAGCUUUUUCACUUAAAUAGCGAUGAUUUAAGCUUUAGUAGUAGGGAAUCUAGCCCGGUACCAACAAUACAGAGAUAUCUAAAGUCACGAAUAAAGAAGAUACAGUUUCGAAAUUACGAGAUUGAGACCUGGUAUACGGCUCCAUAUCCUGAGGAGUACUCACAGUCCUCUGUUCUUUACAUUUGUGAAUAUUGUCUAAAGUAUAUGAAUUGUUCGAUGACAUAUGAGCGUCAUCGUUUAAAAAACUGCAACUUAACGAACAACCAUCCUCCGGGAAUUGAAAUAUAUAGGGAUAUAUCAGCGAGAAUUGCGGUUUGGGAAGUUGAUGGACGCAAGAAUAUAAGUUACUGUCAAAAUUUAUGUUUAUUAGCAAAGCUUUUUUUGAACUCAAAGACUUUGUAUUAUGACGUGGAGCCGUUUAUAUUUUAUGUCUUAACAGAAAUAGACGAACAUGAUCCCUCGAAGUAUCAUUUUGUUGGCUAUUUCUCAAAGGAAAAAUUAAACAACUCAGAUUACAAUGUAUCUUGCAUAUUGACUUUGCCUAUUUAUCAACGAAAAGGAUAUGGUCAUUUGUUAAUAGAUUUCAGCUAUUUACUAUCCAGAAAUGAAUUUAAAUUUGGAACUCCAGAAAAACCUUUAAGUGACUUAGGUCUAUUAAGUUACAAGAAUUACUGGAAGGUAACUAUUGCAUAUAAACUUAAAGAAUUAUAUUCCAAGUAUUGUGAAGGAUCAGGUAAAAACUUCACAGUAUCAAUUGAAAACUUAUCCAAGUUGACAGGGAUGGUACCUUCGGAUGUUGUAGUAGGACUAGAACAACUCGAUUGUUUAAUAAAAAACCCUAAGUCUAGCUCAUAUGGUAUUGUUAUCAAAACAAAAAAAAUGAGCUCAGUAAUAAAAAAAUGGCAAGAAAAGAACCACACUAAAUUAGACUAUAGUAAGUUGCUUUGGAAGCCAAUGUUGUUUGGACCAUCCGGGGGAAUCAACUCUGCGCCGACGCUUUUGACGCCUCUUCCGGCUGCUAAUUCUCAAACUGAGUCCUCGAAUGCUCCCGUUAUACACAAUUCUAUUGCUCUGAUAAAGGGCUUCUUAAAGGAUGACAUCAACAAUCCAUACAGUUUUGAAGAGGAAGCAUACAAAGAGAUUGAACUCUACAGUGAUAUGCAUAAUGAAAACGAGUCCCAUGAUUCAACAAGGACCACCGAUGAAAACAUCGAUAACUAUCUUAUUUGUUAUCCUGGUAUUUCUAUGGAUCCAAAACGCAGCAGACGAGUACAAGCGGAGUCGGUUAAAAUUGCCGGGGAUCUGGGUGGAAAAGAUAUUACUCGUGAUGAAAACGUAUCUGAAUUACUGUCCCUCAAUGGCCACGAAGAAAGUUUUGAGGAAGAUGACGACGAAGAUGACGACGAAGAUGACGAUGACGAUGGCGAAGAAGAAGAAGAAAUUGAUGACGAAGAUGACGAAGAUGAAGAUGACGAUGAGGAUGUUAACAUAGAUGAGGACGAAAUAGAGGACAAUGAGGAAGAGGGAGAAGCUCUUGGCGAUAUGGACGAAGAGGACUCUGAAUUUGAUGAAUAUGAAGAUACAGAAACGAAUUUCGAUAGCGUGAAUCAGAUCGAGGACAACUUAAUUGUAGACUCGAAAAGAACAGGCCAGCGUAUUGUCAAUGAUCAUAAUGGGAACGGAAAGGUCCAAGGAAAUGGACAACCGAAUGGUUCAAAGGGUGUUACAGGUAUUUCUCGAGGAACUGAUAAUAGUCACAUUAAAUUAUUUACAACGAGAUCUAAAUCAGCCAAAUCUGAAGUUGAAUCAGAAGGGCAACUGAAAAGGCCAACUAGGUCAAGUUCUCGCAUACAGGAGUUAAGAACACCAGUAAAACAAAUGGCUUCUAUAACGCCAAUUUCGAGAAGCUUAAGAAACAGAGAUAAGGUAAUAUCACCAUUGCGUAGCUCUCCGAGGUUAAAGAAAUAA